AGGAUGGAGAGGGAGGCCGUGGCAAGCAAGAGGACACGAAGCGAAAUCCAGAGGAGGUUUCCAUCAGCCUAAUCCUCAGCCACGAAUGACUCAAGGAACUUUGGAUCAAUUUGUACCAUAUAAAGGUUGGAAACUUUAUUUUUCAGAAGGUUAUGUUGAAAGCUCUCCUUUUGUGCAGAAGAUUCAGGCAUUUGAAAAAUUCUUUGCAAGUCGUAUUGAUCUGUAUGAUAAGGAUGAAAUAGAAAGAAAAGGAAGCAUCUUGAUUGAUUUUAAGGAGCUUGUAGGUGAUGAAGCUCUAACUGCUGUAUUACCAAAUAUUGCAACUGAAUUGAGGGAUAUGCCAGACAAAUUGUUGGACUGUUUGGGACUGGCAGUUCAUCAGUUGCUAACUAGUGAUCUUGAGCGACGGGCAGCACAGUUGGGUCAGGGGCUGCCAAAUGAAGAGGCUCCCAUUGUAAAUGUUCCAUUUAUUCAAGCAAGGAUUUAUAAUUAUGAGCCUUUGACACCAUUGAAAAAUCUCAGAGCUAACUGCUAUGGAAAGUAUAUUUCACUACGUGGUACAGUGGUUCGUGUCAGCAAUGUCAAACCUUUGUGUACGAGAAUGGCCUUCACAUGUAAUACAUGUGGCGAUAUCCAGAGUUUGCCUUUUACGGAUGGAAAAUACACACCACCCACAAAGUGCUUGGUGCCAGAGUGCCGCAGUCGAUCAUUUGCAGCUAACAGAAGAUCUCCCUUCACAGUGACUGUAGACUGGCAGUCUAUUAAGUUACAGGAGCUUACAGCAGAUGAUAAGAGAGAGGCUGGGAGAAUCCCUCGUACUAUAGAAUGCGAGUUAAUCCAGGACUUGGUAGACAGUUGUGUCCCAGGAGACAUGAUUACAGUCACAGGAACUGUCAAGGUGGCAAACACUGGUGAAGGGAAGACGAGAAACAAAGAUGACAAAUGCUUAUUCCUUUUGUAUAUUGGGGCUAAUUCUAUCAGCAAUAGUAAAGGACAGAAGAAUUUGGGUUCUGAAGCAAUGUCGGGUGGUAGAUCCUCUAUGGAGUUUACGCUUAAAGAUCUUUAUGCAAUUCAGGAAAUUCAGGCUGAAGAAAAUCUCUUCAAACUUUUUGUUAAUUCAAUGUGUCCUGCUAUAUAUGGCCAUGAGCUUGUUAAAGCUGGAUUGGCGUUGGGACUGUUUGGUGGAUGCCAAAAGUAUGUGGAUGAUAAAAACCGUAUUCCAGUCAGGGGUGAUCCCCAUAUUCUCAUUGUUGGUGAUCCUGGGCUUGGAAAGAGUCAAAUGUUACAGGCGGUGUGUAAUAUUGCCCCACGGGGAGUGUAUGUCUGUGGUAAUACUACUACCACUUCUGGACUUACUGUGACUUUAUCACGGGACAGUGGAUCAGGAGAUUUUGCUUUGGAGGCAGGGGCCCUUGUACUUGGUGAUCAAGGUAUUUGCUGCAUUGAUGAAUUUGAUAAAAUGGGGAACCAGCACCAAGCCUUGCUGGAGGCUAUGGAACAACAGACUAUCAGCCUAGCCAAAGCUGGGAUCGUAUGCAGUUUGCCAGCCAGAACAUCAAUCCUUGCAGCUGCUAAUCCUGUGGGUGGCCAUUAUAAUAAAGCUAAAACAGUUUCUGAGAACCUAAAAUUGGGGAGUGCCCUGCUCUCAAGAUUUGACCUGGUGUUUAUUCUGCUUGACACUCCAAAUGAAGAUCAGGACAAUCUCCUUUCAGAGCAUGUCAUGGCCAGGCAUGUUGGGAAGAGAGGGAUCCUAAGCAGUGCUGUGGUUUCACGUCAAAAUACUCAAGAUAAUAACAAUUCAAUACUUGAAAUUGCUUUGGAUAGGCCUUUAAUAGAAAGGUUGAAGGUUGUCCCCGGAAACAACUUUGAUCCCAUUCCUCAUCACUUACUAAGAAAAUAUAUAGGAUAUGCACGUCAAUAUGUUUGUCCAAAAUUGUCCAGUGAAGCAGCUCAAGUCCUUCAGGAGUUUUAUUUGGAGUUGAGAAGACAAAACCAAAGUGCAGACAGCACUCCUAUUACAACACGACAACUGGAGUCUCUAAUAAGGCUUACAGAGGCGAGAGCAAGGUUAGAACUCCGAGAAAAAGCAACAAAAGGUGAUGCAGAAGAUGUGGUGGACAUCAUGAAACACAGCUUGCUAGACACUUACUCUGAUGAGUUUGGGAGAUUGGAUUUUCAUCGUUCACAACAUGGUUCCGGUAUGAGCAAACAAUCUCAGGCGAAAAGGUUUAUUGCCGCUCUGAACAGGAUAGGAGAACAGACUUACAAUAAUGUUUUUGAUGUUCAACAGCUCAAGCAGUUAGCAAGAGAAAUACAUAUACAGGUGGCUGACUUUGAGGGAUUUAUCAGCUCUUUGAAUGAUCAGGGCUACCUUUUAAAAAAGGGACCGAGACUUUACCAGCUGCAAACCAUGUAACCCCCGACAUUGCAGAAUAUUGUCAUUCGGUCCUGUGGACAGAGCAUUCUUUUGUUGUGCACUUUCGCUUUUUCACAAUGACUUAAAACUGUUAGGAGAGCUGAUACCCUGCCAUUUUAGGUGACAUAUCAGUCAAUUUCUCUUCAAUUUAGAUUCCACUAAAAUUGCACAAGCUAUGGGCGAGUUUUUUUUUAAAUCCUUACCUUGGUGACUCAUAGCGGGAAAUGGCAUCUCCCUGAGUUUGAUAUCGAUGGAUGUGCAGUUGAAACAGUAAUAUUACGGUAGUAAAGGUUCUCAAAUGUUGAGACCAGAUUUGUAACAGUAAUAUUAUGCUUUUAUGUGCAUAAUAAAGAAUUGUACAUAUUAAUAUACAUUAAACCAUUUGUAAUUAAAAAUAAAUAAGUA